AUCGGGCUGACUGAAUGUUUUGGAGUCCGCGUUAGUCGGGUCAGAAGGACAAAGGGGUAAUCGCGUGCUUACACGUCCAAGUCUUGGAGGCAGUUGUUGUGCGAUUCAGUCUUUGCACGGUUUGUUUGUUUACACUUUGUUGUUCCCUACGGGCUCAAGCAGAUCACAGGUCUCGAGAUCGGAACCCUCCAACCGGCAGGGACUUGCAGGCGAAAAUCAAGUAAUUAAGCAGGAGGAGACAGAUGUUUAAAGUUCCUUAGGGUUUGAAGCUUCUCAGGAUGUUUUACUCGCAGUUUAUUCUUGCCAAGAAGGGGCCUUUGGGGACGAUAUGGAUCGCUGCGCAUUUGGAGCGGAAACUCAGGAAGAACCAGGUCGCCGAUACAGACAUCGGCGUCUCUGUCGAUUCCAUUCUCUUUCCCGAAGCACCAAUUGCACUUCGAUUAUCCAGCCAUUUGUUGCUUGGGGUGGUGAGGAUAUAUUCUCGAAAGGUGAACUACCUCUUUAACGAUUGCAGUGAAACGCUGGUAAAGAUUAAGCAAGCAUUUCAUUCCACUGCAGUAGAUCUGCCACCGGAGGCAUCAACAGCACCUUAUCAUUCUAUUACUCUUCCAGAAACUUUUGAUCUUGAUGAUUUGGAGUUACCAGAGAGCUCUUUUUCCCAUGGGAACUUUGUUGAUCAUCACGUUACUACUCGAGAGCAAAUCACUCUCCAAGAUCCAGUGGAAGACACUGUUUACUUGGGAUCUCAGUUUGGACUGGAUGAGAGGUUUGGUGAUGGGGAUGCUCUUCAAAUAGGUCUGGACUUUGAUGAGGAUUUAUUUGCAGAGCAGAUGUCUUCUCCUGGGCCAAGUUCUGCUGCCACACAUUUAGUAGAAGAUGUUCUUCCUUCUGUGGUUGAGGCAGAAGGCAGAUCCUCAAUAAAGAUGGAAAUCAAGGGACAGCAGUCCCAAAUGCCAGCUGUAGAUUCCAGUCAUCUGGAUGAAGACAGGACAAGAGAUCUUUCUACCAUGCAAACAUUGGUUGAUAAUUCUGGAAAUCAAAAUGAGAUAGACUUUCCUAAUGUGCUUCCAUCGUCUGUUGUAGAUGUUGAAUGUUCAUCAUCCAAGGAAGUGCAUACCCCUGAUUUAAAUAAGGAGAUUUUACCAUUUUCAGCAUUGCAAGGGCCAUCUACCCCUCGGCUAAUUGAUGAAACAUUAACUGACCAAGCUGAAGAGAUUUUAAAUUCAAGCACUCUGCAGAAAUUUCACAAACAUAAUUCAGCAGAAGGCAUCGUUCCAGUAGUGACCUCUCAAAUGGUUGUUUCUGGGUCUUAUUCAGUGUCCGGGUUGCCAACAAGGCUUGAACAGGUUGAAAAGACAAUGCUGUCUCAAGAUAAUAGGUCUGUGCCAACUACUUUUCAGUUUGAAGGAAGAAAGGAAGCUGACAGUAGAAAUAUGAGCAUGGGACAGGUUCAACCAGUUAAAGACUACUUAAAGGAGCAGUGGUUGUCGCCACAAAAUGAAUCCAUUCUUAGUGAAGCUCCUCAACCUUCCAUGACUUUCCACACUUAUGAAGAUGUAAAUUUGUUUCCUAGCUCAAACUCUGUGCAAGAAGUGAUGAUGAAAACAAGUAAAGAAGUGCCUGCAGUGGCUUCCGCCUCAGAGUCUAUGGCACCACUUAAUUGCAGUUUACCAAUGCCUACAGUUCCACCAUCAAGUGUACAUUAUGAAUUAGAUGUAUCCAAGCAGCAGCUACAUGUUAAAGAAAUCAAGGCUCCAACAAGUUCUAUGCAUUCCACAAAUACAGUUUUUAGGGAACAUGAUGUGUCUAACUCUACAUCAGUAUUUCAACAACUCAAAGAAGUUGGAGAUGGUAAUAAGCAAUUGCAUUUGGCAUCUGGGUCGCAGGGAUUGGUACAGAUUUCACCAAUGCAUGAGUCUCAGAUGCUAAACACAUCUGUUCAAGAAAGUUCCCCAACAAUGCAGACAUUUUCAACAUGCCUAUCUGGUCAACAGUUUAAUUCUUCCUCAGGUCUUCCUGCCAUUGGUAUAUCAGGAACUCAACAAUUGGCAAAUCAUGAACCUCCUACUCCAGCAAAUGUAAUUUUACACAUGCAAGAGGUAUCUCCAACAGAAUUUCAACAACUAAAUAAAUUUGGUCAAAGUAAGCAGCAAUACUAUUUGGCAUCAGGGUCACAAGGAUUGGUCCAGAUUUCCCCAGUGCAUGAGAAGCAGAUGCCAAAUGCUUCUGUUCAGCAAAGUGGCAUAGCAAUGCAGACAUUUUCACCAUCCAUAUCUGGUCAACAGUUUAAUCCUGCUUCAAGUCUUCAGUCAACUGUUGCCAUAUCAGGCACUCAGCAAUUGGCAAAUUAUGAACCUCGUGCCUCAGCAAAUGUACUUCCAUAUAUGCAAGAAGUUUCUCCAGUAGAACUUCAACAACUAAAUAAUGCUGUGGCAAGUAAGCAUCAAUUACAGUCGUCAGCUAGGUCUCAAGAAUAUGCUCAGGUGACAAAUGCACAUAGUUCUGGGAUGGACACACGUGUUCAUCUACAUUCUAUGGCUAUGCAGACAUCCCCAAUAAGCUUAUCUGGUCAACAAUUUAAUCUUAAUUCAGGUAAGCACUCUGCUGUUGGUAUAUCGGACUCUCAAGACUUGCCUGUUCAUACACUGCCAACUCAGGCAACAACAUUUCAAAAUACACAAGAUGUGGGUACAGUGAAGAACUCCCAACAUCUUGAUCAAGUGGCAGGCAGUAAGCAGCAGUCAUGUUUAGAAGCUGCAAUUCAAGAUUGUGCUCAACCAAAACAGGGAGAGAAUUUCAUGAUAAAAUCAACUGCUCAAGAAUCUAGCCAACCCUUGCGAGUGUCUACUCCAUCUGGUGAGUAUCUAAACAAGUCUUUUGGCUAUCAGUCUGCUGUUAGUAUGUCAGGCACUCGGGAUAUUCCUACACUGGGGAACACUUCAGGGCCUGCUUAUGUUUCAUCUCAGGAAUUUUGGUCACCUCAGAGGUUUCAUGUUCCAGAAACCUCUAUUGAGGUCUCAAACAUUGUAAGUACAUCAAUGCCUUCCCUUCAUGGAGUACAGCAUGCUGCUUCUAGAACUGGAGAAUCGGUUUCAAUUUUUCCAUCUAGUGACAUGCCAAGAACUGCUACAAAUGUUCCUGAAAGCACUUAUCCACGAAGCUCAGGUUUUUCAAUUUCAACUGCAGUGCAAGGGGUUUCUAAAGGCACACCGGAUGCAAGUAUUUUACAGGGCAUUAGUUUUCCGUUGCAAGCAUCAACAUUAGGAACUCGUGCUAAUGUACCUUCUAGAAACAUCUUGCAGCCCUGUAGCUUUCCUAAUCAUGCAGGGACACAUGGAGUUUACACAAAUUUACCCUCUGAAAACAUGCUUUUGCAGGAUAAUUACUUUUCGAAAGUCACAGAAUCAGGAGGAUUCCCCUCAAAUGUAAAUGCUAGUCAGAAGUCAGCUCCUGCAGCCUUUCAACAUCAUGUAUUCUCAAAUGCAUCCGAUGAGCUUUCAAAUGCAUUGUCUAUCUCUCAUGCACAGCAUGUGACUGCUUCCAAAGGUGAUCAUGAGACCAUGCAACCUCAUCGUGAGACUCUGAGGAGAUCAGAAUCGGAGAUCCCUGCCCAUGAAACGCUUCGCUCAUCGUAUAAUGUUGGAAGGAAUGGGGUUGAUAUUUUUGGGUUGAAUCAACCAGUGACAGAGAAGGAAGCACCGAGGGAGGUUGAAAAGUUUACAAUAACUUCAAAUCAAAGUGUUGGAAGGAAACGUCAUAUUAUUGACAGUGCACCUGUUCUAGGAGAAGCCACUCCUAAAUCAAGAAGCAGAUUAUCUCUGUCGAACAGAAGCAUGGAUUAUAUUCCACAUGAUGAUGAUGUUUUGGCUUCCAUUUUAGGAAGAACACCAUCAUUUAAAAUUAAACCCACUCCAGCCGAAACAGUGUCUGCAAAGCGUCGUAAACCUACACCUAGAAGAACAGGACUUAAGAGGAAGGCAUUGAUUGACAUUGCCAUGGUCAUACAUGGCGAUGUGAUAAGGCAGCAGUUAGCAAAUACUGAAGAUAUUCGUCGAGUGCGCAAGAAAGCUCCUUGUACUCCACAAGAAAUUCGGAUGAUACAAAAAGAAUCACAAGCACAUGAUACAUUUUUUGAACCGUCGAUACCUGGGCUAUGCGUGGAAUUGCGUGAUAUGUACAGUCAGGUUUUUGGUUUAGCUGAGACGAAGCUUCCCCAAGUUGGCAAAGUUGAUAAUAUUACGGAAAGACAAAAAGAAAAAGAGCCCACAGGCAGCUUGGAACCAUCAAACAAUUCUAGAAUGGUACAAUUGGAACAAGUGGAGAGGACGCUUGGGUUAGCAUCUGAGAUAGAAUCUCGUGUACAGAAAGGGAGUAACAUCCAUGUGAAUGCAAUGCAUAUGGAUUAUGUCUAUGGAAGCAGAGUGUAUAAGGGUGAUGGUCAUGGAAAACAACAUGAUAGGCCCCUUGACAUGGUGUCUGAAAUGACAUCAAGCAAUUUCCGUGUGAACAAUGUCCAUGAUAAACAAGACCAAGUGAAGCGUGAUGAAUUGGGAACUGCAGCAGAGUCUGCCAGAGCUAAUAUCUACAAACAACAAGAGCAUGAGAGGCUCCAGAAGUCUGUAUCUGAGUUAGAAUCAAUCAGAGUUCAUGCAUAUGAUGUCCGCCAAAGCCGAGAACAAGAGCCUCAGAAUAAGGUAGUUGAGGCAGAAUCAAGCCAAAUUCAUAGAGGUGAUGGUUGGCUACAAAAAGAGCAAGAGAGGCCCUGGAUGGUAGUCUCUGAUAUAGAAUCAGACAGAGGAUUAUCUGGCAUAGAAUCAAGCAGGGUUAUUACAGCUGCUGUUCAUGAAAAAGAUCAAGGGGAGCUUCAGGGUGUGGUGUCUGAGCUAGAAUCUAGUAGAGCUCAUAUGCUUGAUCAUACCUGGAAACAAGGACAGGAACAAGAGAGGCCUGGGAAGAGUCUAUUAGAAACAGAGUCUAGCAGAGUGUAUGCAUAUGGGGUCCAGGGGAAGAAUGUCUCUAUAGGAGCUUUGCCCGAAAAUUCUGAUAAUGUUAUAAUUGGUUCUGAAGUUUCAAAUGUAGAGAAAACCCUUGAAUCUUCUGUGGUUCCAGAAAGCCAUGAUUUAUCUAAUCAAGUUUUUGUGCCUCGAGAUAACACCUUUGGAGUUUGUCAGGUGCCAGGUCUGCAGGGGAUGCAAGCCUCUCUAAGUGUUCUGCCAGAAAAUCCUAAUAAUGUUAUAGUUGGUUCUGAAUUCUCAAAUGUGAGGAAAACUCCUGAAUCUUCUGGGGUGCUGCAAGGUCAUGCUUUUGCUCAUGAAAUAUUUGUGAUGCGGGAUGAUACUUUUGGAGUUCAUCAGGUGUCAGGUCCUCAGGGGAAUGAAGUGUUGCCAGAAAAUCCUACUCGCAUUGUAAUUGGUUCAGAAGUCUCAAGUGCAAAUAAAACUGUUGAAUCUUCUGCAGUGCCGCAAGGCCCAGAAAAUCCUAAUCGCAUUGUAAUUGGUUCAGAAGUCUCAAGUGCAAAUAAAACUGUUGAAUCUUCUGCAGUGCCGCAAGGCCCAGAAAAUCUUAAUAAUGUUAUAACUAGUUCUGAAGUCUCAAAUGUGGGAAAAACUCUUGAAUCUUCUGGGGUGCCGCAAGGUCAUGCUUUUGCUCAUGAAAUAUUUGUGACACAAGAUAAUACUUUUGGAGUUCAUCAGGUGCCAGGUUCUCAGGGGAAGCAAGUCUCUAUAGAAGCUUUGCCAGAAAAUCCUAAUCACAUUAUAAUUGGGUCUGAAGUCCCAAAUGUAAAGAAAACCCUUGAAUCUUCUGCAGUGCCCCAAGGCCAUGCUUUUGUUAAUAAAGUAUUUAUGUCACAGGAUAAUGCUUCUGGAGUUUGUCAGGUGCCGGGCCCACACGAGAAGCAAGCCUCUUUGGGAGCUUUCCCAGAAAAUCCUACUAAUGCUAUAACCAGCUCUCAAGUAUCGAAUGCGGUGCCUCAACUUAGUGCUUUUUCUAAUGAAGUAUUUGCUCCACAGAAUAACAAUUUUGGAUUUCCUCCAGUGCCAGGCCCACAGGAUUCUUCUGCUUUUGAGGGUGGGUUUCAUAAUAGUAGAGACUUUUAUGUGGCAAGUCAUCAAUUUCCUUUGAAAUCAAGCUGCUUUUCUGAAAACAAUGAGAUGUCAUUGGAGGUUGAAAGAGGGACAGAUGUCCCUACUGAAAAGCAUGGAGGAGCCGUACGGGACAUACAAACAUCACAAUGCUUUCCCGAAAAUCGCAUGUUGAAUGAAAGGGAAAAUAUUCUUUCUGAAGCUCCUGAGCUAGCUAUGAUGAAGAAACAUGGAUCAGAGUACCUAGUAGGAAAUCAGGUGGUACAUGCCAAAGACAGGGCUGAUGUGGAACCUGCAAGCAAUAUUAAUAGAAUUGAAGAAGAAAGUGAACAAAGGAACAAGGAACCAAACUUUGCCCAAGAUAGAAAUGAACAAAGUCAAGAAAUUGCAGUUGUUGGAAAUUUACCAGUUAUUGGAAUGAUAGAAGAAACAGUCAGCUUUGGAUCCCAAAGGCAGACAGUGUGGCAUAGUGCUUUUGUACCAGUGCAAGGAACAGAUUCUGUUCCAAACAAUAGUGUUCAUAAUGGAGAUCUUGGAUAUUUGAAUGUGUCUGGAAAAGCCUCUCCUUAUAAUUUUGAGGCAGAGAACGCAAGGCAAGAUGAGCAAGUUUUAUUGUAUGAAAAGUCAGCAGAGAUGUCUUUCAAUCAAGCAGAAGUUCUCGGAGAUGCGACUUUGGGGGAUAGAGAAGAGCAAGAUGGACUUAAUCGAGUAGAUCAUACUGCUCCGGAGGAUGAUGAGGAUUUCGACUUCCUUGGAGAUGCAGAUGAUACAGAAUUAUUGCAAGGUGAUAUUAAUGCACAAGAUGAGUUUGAUGGUAAGAGCAAAGCUCCUGAAACAGAAGAGAAUCAGAUUCAGGAAAACAGUGGAUGGUCUGCAAGAACAAGGGCUGUUAGUCGAUACCUGAAACUUGCAUUUGAGAGCAUGGAUUAUGAUAUAAAGAAAUCAGAAGCAGAGAAUCGACAAAACCUUAGUCUUGAUCACCUUUUGGUGGGGAAGAAACGCAAGGAAGCAGCCCGCAUGUUUUUUGAGACUUUGGUUUUGAAGACGAGGGACUAUAUCAAUGUGGACCAGAAGGAUUCUUAUGAGGACAUAAGAAUACACCCGAGGGCAAAGCUCAUGAACACAAACUUUUGAAAGCUGUUCACCCCUGCUUAGCUCUUUUACAUUUUAUUCUCAUCACAGCAUGCACCUGAUGACUAAUGAAUACAUGCCAUCAAAAAUGGUUUGUUGUAGCAUAUUUUGCAACUGUAGUAACCUUGAUAUUAACAAGGUUUGCAGUUUGCAAUUUGUACUAUGGGAUAAUAUCCUCUGUAAAAAUUUGUACUCUCCAAAAAAUGUAGGAAAUGGAUUCUUCCGAUAUUUAAUUCAAUGAUGCAAUUGAUCAAAUAUUUAUUUAUUAAAACGAGUUGUAUGUAGCAUAAAAAAUAAAUUUGUAUUUUAUUUCAGGAAUUAAUGUAUCAGUUGUAUGUGUUUAUCAGAUUCUUCAA